AUGGACGAAUCGAUUAUUCAGCAGUUCGCUGAUAUGAAGGAAGAAAUGAGAAAAAUUAUGUCUCUUUUUUCGACUACUCAAGGGAAAGAGAUUCUCACUACCUUACAGGAAAUUAAACAAUCGAAUCAAAACAUAGAGGCAUCGAUUUCGUUUCUAACGGCGCAAAAUGACGAAUUUAAAAAGAAAAUAGAGCAUUUGGAAAAUCAGGCAAAGGACGACAGACGUUACAUCGCAAUUUUAGAAAAUAAAAUGGAGGAUAUGCAGGUUUUGAGUCGCAAGGCAAACUUUGAAUUGAAAAAUGUACCAAAGAAAAAUAAUGAGACAAAAGAAGACCUUAUUGAGAUGGUUGUAUGCCUUUCUCAAAGUAUUGACUGCAAAAUUACUAGAUCAGAUAUUAGGGACAUAUAUAGAGUGCGAGGGAAACAACCUGAUAAAGUAAAUACGCCAAUUAUCAUUGAAACCGGAUCAACUUUACUUAAGACAGAUAUCCUGAAGAUGGGAAAAUCGUUUAAUAAAAGACACAAGGCUAAACUGUGCGCUAAACAUCUGGGAAUUAAAACACAGGAAGAUACCCCUGUGUUCUUAUCCGAACAUCUAACUGUAAAGGGAUCUCGUCUAUACUUCCUGGCUCGAGAUCUUUCAAAAUCUAAGGCCUACAAAUUUUGCUGGACUGCAUACGGAAAAAUUUAUGUACGGAAAAACGAAAAUACAUCGAUUAUUUCGAUUAAAAGUGAGGAACAAGUGCAUCAACUUCUACUAGAAGAAUGA